ACACUGCCAAUCAGGCUGGGCCUUGCAUUCUUGUUCGCAGAUUCACAGAGACCCAGGGAGUCUCCCUGUCACCAGGAAGCCUGUGCAGCAACACCCAUCCCUGGGGAGGCAGCUGGAGAGGGCGUCUCUGCCUCUGCUGCCCCCAAGGAACAAGCCAGGCAGAGUACCGUAACAAGCCACUCCUCUACCCGCAUUGUGGAGCCUGUGGCCACCAAUCACCUGUGCACCAAGAGCCCCUGUGACCCACCUGGCAGGGGCAUGAAGAGGAAGAGGUCAGCAGUUGUGAGAGACACCAAAGAGGAGGAACAAAAGAAAUACCUAUAUUACUAUCAUGUGACAGCAGUCAAUGGCAUCACUAUGGCCUGGGAGACCAGGUUUGGCUUUGGUCCCAUUAAGAAACGGCCUCGUAUAUAUAAGGCCAAGUAUACAGCGGGAGAGGACUUUGCUGGCUUGGACCAGAGCAGCCACCACACCAGGUCUGAGCUAGGCGAUGAGGACACUGAGGCAGAGGACAGCACUAGAGGACAAGGAGAGGAGGCACCAGCCCAGAAUGAUGACAGCGAGGCAGUGACUGUCACCCCACAGGAGUUCCUGCCCACCCAGGAGGGCCUGCAGUGCCUGGCCUGUUGCCGAAUCUUCCCCAGCUUGGAGGCUUUGACCCAUCAUGUGAAACAUGGCCUUCGUGAGGGCUUCAGCUGCCGAGUUUUCUAUCGCGUGAUGGCAGCAUUCAGAGCCAGGAACAAAGCACAGAGGAGGAGAUGAAGUUGCACAGAGCAGCAGAUGCAGUGAUGCAGGGGGGAGGUCAGCAAGUGUGUGGGACAAGCACAGAGCCCUUGCAAGGCUGCACAAUAGGCCAGACCCUCCAGCCCCAGAGGAAGCCCUCACUCUGGCCUGAUUCUCCAUCACCACCUCCCAGCUGCAUCUAGGCCAGCAAAUCUAGCCAGUGCGCCACACAUCUCCGUCUUCCCAGAAGAUUCACCAGGCUGUGCUGGGCCUCUUUAGCCCACUCUCCUUCCUCAGCCCUACCAGACAAGCCAGACCCUUGAGUGACACCCUUGGCCACUCCCAGAGCAGAGACGUAAGGGAAGCCCCAUGAGCAGGGCCUGGCAUUGCUCUUCCUACUAGCCCAGACAGCACCACACCAGAGAAUCAGGGGAGAAAAAAGGCCUGAGGACACCUGCCAGACCUCUGCCCUUGCAUCCUCCACAGGAACGGGGCUUUGCUCACUGCCCUGAAGGUGGAAACCUGUAAAGGGACACAGGGUUCAUUCCAAUAUCCCAAACCACACACAGAUGCUGGCCCAUUGGCAAAGAAAAGGGCUGAGGAAAACGCUCUACAACACUCCCAAGAGGGAGCGGUGUGGGAUUCUGACGGCCAAGUGUCCCCAUCACACAGACAGCUCCAGGCCCACCUUGAGCACCGAGACAGCCAUGGAGAUGUGCGUAUACAGACAAAGCUAAGUGUUGCUGCUCUUUAGGAGCUGGCAAACU